AGUAUUGAAGCCAUGGAAAAUGCCGCAGUCUUGGAGGCAUUCAAAAAGUUUGACAAGGAUGGUGAUGGUUCUAUCACCCGUGACGAGCUGGGCAACGUUUUGAGGACCCUCGAUCCGGAAGAGUGGACUGAGCAGGAACUGGACCGCUUGCUGGGUCGGGUCGACGCGAACGGCGACGGCAAGUUGCAGGUGGAGGAGUUCCUCCGGUGGAUCUUCGCAGAGGACGGGCAGUUCGGAGAGUUUGGCAACACCUUCCAAUCCAUCAUCAUCCAGGGGAGCUCACGCGAUGAUCUCAAUGGUGAGUACAUCCAGCAGGACGACUUCUACGGUGGUCGCCCCGUGUUUUACAAUGCUGAGAAGGGAAAAUAUCUCUUCUUCAACCGAAAGCACCAGCGUUGGCAGAUCUUCGUGAGGACUAGCUGGAAAGCAAGCGCACGGUUGUACACCAAGCGGGCGCCCCACCUGGCGAGUGAAGAGCUCGCGUGGCAUGUCUACACCGGUGGGAAGUUUGUCGAAGAGCCCUCGAUGGCUGCGGUCUUGGCGCCGUCAGAUGAGUCAGAUGAGCAGAAGUGCGCCAAGGCAGCGGAAGCAGUGUACAUCAAGACCCGAUGGAGCAACGUCACGGGUGGCUACGUCAAGACUGAGAAGACCAACUACGAUAGACCUGCCUACUACAACGAGGAGGGCAACACCUGGUUGCUCUACGACGGCCGUGCCAGGGAGUGGAAGGUGUCAAGUCAGUACAGCACGAGGCAUGGUAAAUUGGUUUCUUCGUUGACUACUGAGGUCUUCUCACCAGAGCUCACCGAUUGGAAGGGCAGCACCACGGCGGUCCGCGUGGACCCCAAACGCCGGGAGGCCGACUACAGCCAGGGCGGCUGGAUCGACGAUGCCUUCCCACACACCCAGGAGAGCAUUGGCAACAGCAGGCAGUGCGAGUGGGUUCGCGCGCGCGACCUGGCGGAGAAGCCGGCGCUCUUCGACGACAUCGAGCCGGCGGAUGUGUGCCAAGGUGCUUUGGGAGAUUGCUGGCUCAUUGCUGCCAUCGCUGGGGCGGCGGAGUUCCCCAACUUCUUCCGCGACCAUCUGUUCGAGACCAAGGAGAUCAAUGAGGAUGGCAAGUAUCGGAUUCGGCUCUAUGAUUGGAUUAAAAAGAAAUGGACUGUGAUUGAGAUCGAUGACUACAUCCCUUGCAAGCCGCGGAAGUGGUACGAGCCCGUAGCUUCGACGAUCUUUUCGGAGGUGUGCAAUGAGCAGCUCUAUGUGGUUUUGAUGGAGAAGGCCUUCGCAAAGUUCGCGGGAUCUUACCAGGCCUUGAAUGGGGGCUUUUCCUUCUUAGCCUGGAUGGCCAUGACUGGCGAGACGGAUGUGAUUGGCUGGUGGAGGCAGAGGCACCAGCCCAAGUGGGACGUCACGGGGUCCCGGGGCCUCAUAGUCCGCGCGGGAUGCGACCUGCAGAGCGAGAAGUUGGGGCGACUGAGUUAUGGCGCGGUCUUUGAGGAGGUGGAGAAGUUCGGGUAUCGGAUCCAUUUCAAAAAGUUGGAGGGCGAAGGCCCUGAGGAAGGCUGGCUCUCUUGUUACAUCGGCGGCUACCAGGUGGCGAAGUGUCGGAACCCCGCAGAGUGGAAGCAGAUGGAAGUGAACUAUGCACGAGAGAAGAUCAGCUUUGGUACGCUACGUACCUCGAGCGUGCAGGAUCGCAAAGAUCGUGAAGGCAUGUGGAAGAAGAUGCAGGAAUAUGACCGAGCCAACUUCCUCAUGGGAGCGUCUAUUCAUACGGACAGGCAUGAGCGUGACGCCGGCAUGAUCAUUUGUAUAGUCUUUGUAAACUCUUUGAAAUUGCGCCUUUCGCUUGAUGUGUCAUUCAAAGGGAUCCCACAGCACCUUAGUUCUUGGUAUUGUUUUGCCUAUUGUGUUUGUUUUACGUAUGUAUGAGACCUAAAGACUCUAGUGGGUAGAGUUAUGUAUAUAACUGUGUAUAUACUGUGUAUGUAUAUAUAUAUAUACGAAAUGAAAUGCAAGGGCGGGUUCGACUUGGGACUUCCAUUGCGUUCUUGAUUGCUCCAAGAAUACCCCGUUCCUUUGAAAUAAGGUCUCCGCCUUUCAGAGCAACAUGUCCAACGGCCACAGAGCAACACUGUUUAUCUUUAGAGGGCCACAGGCCACAGAGAAUAACGAUUUCCAAAUAUGUCCAACGUCUGUUGAGUCACUUGGAGCAGUGCUUGUGUUUCUUCGGAGCAGUGAUCUUUCCAAGGUGAGCACCGACGCGAAGAUGGUUUGGUGGAAGCUCACGCUUACUCCGUCAUCCAUGCGGCGGAACUCAACGGUGUGCAGUUGAUUUGUUGCAGGAACCCCUGGGGCAACAAGAUGGAGUGGAACGGCCCAUGGUGUGACCAGAGCGACGAGUGGAGCGCCCAUCCGGAGAUCGCUGAAGCCUUGGGUGUCGAUGAGAAAGCUGAUGGGCUUUUCUGGAUGGAUUGGGAGAGCUUCGAGCAGACCUUCACGAUGGUAGAGAUCUGCCCAAAAGCGAUGCCUGCUGAGAGGGCCAGCUUUCACAAGUAGGAGGGCAAUUUGAUUGAUGGAGCUCUCAAGACAAGUUUAAGUGAGAGGUGUUUUCAGAAUGGAGGGACUCCACCACAUACCCUUGGAGAAAUGG